GAUUUGUUUCUAGCCUGAUUUAGCGGGAACCAAACUACGCCGUACAGUUCCACUAAAAUGACCCCCGCGGCCCCCAGGCCAGCCACAGCACCGGUAACUAGCUCGAGAUUCCCGGCGCAGGAGCCAAAGUGAAAGCAAAAAAGCUAAAAAUCGAAUCCAAUAGAGAGAGAAUGGCGACAAGAGAAAUGCAGAUGGAGGGAGAUCUAGAGCUGCUGAUACCAGUGGCUGAAAUUCCUGAUAAUGCAAAGUCCAAAACGUCGUCGCCUUCUUCUCCUAUCGUUGCUUCUUCUCAUCGUCUAUCUGGCCUCGAGGCACUAUCCACAGUUAUACGUAGCUGGGCUUCUAAAAAAUUCAUGACAGGAUGUGUCAUUCUUCUUCCAAUAGCUGUAACAUUCUACAUCACCUGGGGUUUUGUUCAUUUUGUGGAUGGUUUCUUCUCUCCGGUCUAUAAUCAUCUGGGGAUCAAUAUCUUCGGUCUUGGGUUUGCCACCUCUAUCACUUUUAUAUUCCUAGUUGGCAUUUUCAUGUCAUCAUGGCUAGGAACUUCUGUUCUGACUAUCGGGGAAUGGUUUAUCAAGAAAAUGCCGCUUGUAAGUUAUAUAUAUUCUGCAUCAAAGCAAAUUAGUGCUGCAAUAUCUCCAGAUCAGACCACUAAUGCCUUCAAGGAAGUGGCCAUCAUAAGACACCCUCGCAACGGGGAAUAUGCAUUUGGAUUUAUAACUUCAACGGUGAUUCUUCAGAGGAGCAUUGGUGAGGAAGAACUUUGCUGUGUCUAUGUGCCCACCAAUCACCUCUAUGUUGGAGAUAUAUUUCUCAUAAGUAUGAAAGAUAUCAUGAGGCCGAACUUGUCCGUUCGAGAAGGGAUUGAAAUAAUCAUCUCUGGAGGCAUGUCCGUACCUCAAAUAUUGACCACAAUGGAUGCACAAGCCAUUCCUGCAGCAAGACUUUCUAAAUACCCCUCAGCAAUAAUGUGACCAGGGACUAGCAUACGUUAGUUUUAGUUUAGUUAUUUAUUCAGAAAUAACACAUAACCAAUACCUCCUUUUAUGGUGCAUGCACAUGCUGCAUUAACUGGUCCUGCAUUCAAGCACUAAUCAGGCGUGCUCUGUGAACAACAUAUAGAGGAUUCAAUCUGCCAAUCACCAAUAAUGAAGAGGAUAACUGAUAUGAAAUUAUGAAGUUGAGGACCUUUAGUUAAAGUUGAUGGAGGUCAACUGCUUAAAUUCUUACGGCUUAUGUUGCAUUUUUCUUCUUUCAUCUACUUAUUGGAUUGUGAAAUGUAAAUAUAUCAGUUUUUCUUCUGUAA